GAUUUCUCAAUUUUCAAUAUCUCCAUUCACACUACUGUUUCCCAAAAUAAAAAAUCAUAAGCUCCGAAUCCAAACUCAGCCAGGAAGACGACCUUCUGCUUUCCGAGUUCUCUGCGCCCCUCUCGUUCGUCUCUGCGUAUCGGCUUCCAUUUUUAUCUGUAUGAAACUCCCAACUUUCGCAGACCCAGACUCCCUCUCCCACAUUUUCAGCUUGCUCCAGAGCUCCUUUGAUCAAAUGAAUGAGACCAACAGCAGCGCCACCAGAAAACGACGCAGAAAAAAUGACAAACCUGGAGGUGGCGAUGAUGGUUCAAUCCAGAACCAAGGGACUAAGAAGAAAGAAUUAACAGGUAUUCUUACUUCGCUGCUAUUGCUGGAAGAACAACAGAAGCGUGACCAGGAAGAGCUUGACAGAGUCUCCGAGGAGGAGAAGCUGUCCUUAGAGGCCAACCACAAGAAGAAGACCAAGGUCAUGCUGGAAUACUACACCAAUCUUCAGGGUUAUUACGACGAUGUCGAAGAAUCGGAGCGAAUUAAGAGAAACAAAUCGCGGGCCAUGACCGGUGCGGCGGCCGUCGCUGCGGUAUCCGAUGGGUUAGAACAGAUUCAUACGGAUAACGUACUGAAAGCUGGAGCAGGUGGUGGAUCCCAGAGCCACCAGCGGCGCCUGUGGGUGAAGGACCGUUCCGGAGCAUGGUGGGACGAAUGUAACAGGCCGGAUUUUCCGGAAGACGAGUUCAGGAAAGCGUUUAGAAUGGGGAGGGCUACCUUUGAUAUGAUUUGUGAGGAGCUUAAUUCGAUUAUCGCGAAAGAAGAUACGACGUUGAGAAACGCUAUCCCUGUGAGGCAAAGAGUAGCUGUUUGUUUAUGGAGGCUAGCCACCGGUGACCCUCUUCGUCUUGUGUCCAAAAGGUUCGGAUUGGGCAUAUCAACUUGCCAUAAGCUGGUUCUUGAGGUAUGCACAGCCAUAAAGUCCGUGAUGAUGCCUAAGUAUUUACAGUGGCCCGAUGAGGCGACAUUGAGGAAUAUCAAAAGUGAAUUUGAAUCGAUUUCUGGGAUACCCAAUGUGGUGGGGUCUAUGUACACCUCACAUAUCCCCAUUAUAGCUCCCAAGAUUAGUGUGGCUGCUUAUUUCAAUAAAAGGCAUACAGAAAGGAAUCAGAAGACUUCGUAUUCAAUUACAGUUCAAGGUGUGGUUGACCCAAGAGGGGUGUUUACAGAUGUGUGCAUUGGUUGGCCUGGUUCGAUGCCUGAUGAUCAGGUGUUAGAGAAGUCUGCACUUUAUAAAAGGGCCGAGAAGGGGCUUCUAAAAGGCGUGUGGAUCGUUGGCAGUUCAGGAUACCCUUUAAUGGAUUGGGUUUUAGUGCCUUAUACUCAGCAGCAUCUUACUUGGACACAGCAUGCAUUCAACGAGAAGAUUGGAGAGGUUCAGAAGGUUGCAAAAGAUGCAUUUGCGAGAUUGAAAGGAAGGUGGUGUUGCUUGCAGAAGAGGACUGAGGUAAAACUGCAAGAUUUGCCUGUUGUUCUUGGGGCAUGCUGUGUGCUGCACAAUAUAUGUGAAUUGAGGAAUGAAGAAAUGGAUCCCGAACUGAAGUUUGAACUUGUAGAUGAUGAAAUGGUGCCAGAGGCUGCCUUAAGAUCACCAAGCUCCAUGAAAGCUAGGGAUGCAAUUGCUCAUAAUCUCUUGCACCAUGGUCUCGCAGGCACUUCUUUUGUUUAGCUGAAAGAUUGUAUUUGACUAUGUGAUACUCGACUAUAAUUCUUUUGCUUGUUCCCAUAGACUAUAUUGAAGCCGUUCAUCUUAUUUGCUGAAGGGACUCUGUAAAAGAUAUAUUGGCCCCUUCAACAAAUAUAUGAUCGUACUCUUCAUAAGUUCAAGUUAUAAGAUUCACAGAAUUGUAACUUAGUUCCAUACUUUAACCCCCAAAAUAAGAUAUUAGUGAGUGAAAUCACAA